UCUACUGGUGAAAGGCUUGGCUAUUUUAGACAAAAGGAGUGAAAUCACAGAAAUGGAGAAAGAAUGAUGAGAGUACUGGCGCCAAGUGCAAACCGGUUUAUAAGCUACCCUAAAUAUUCAUUCUCUCUCCUCCAUCACCCUCUUCUUCUUCUUCCUCUGAAAACCCCAUUUCUGUUGAACCCUCCUAAAACCCUACGUUGCAGAGCAACCAUGGCGUCGGAACCCCACUUGCCAAUCCAAGUCAAAGACCAAAUUCAUCUCACUGAGAAGGAGUCUCUCAUUUUCCAACGCCUUAAAGGUGUCCUUCAUCACUUCAAUCUUGACACCCAGCUCCGUGUUGCUGGCGGUUGGGUCCGAGAUAAGCUUCUAGGAAAAGAUUGUUAUGACAUUGAUGUUGCUAUUGAUAACAUGUUGGGUAGAGAAUUUUGUGAAAAGAUCAAUGAGUACCUAUUGAAGACAGGAGAAGAUGUUCAGGGAAUUGGCGUGAUUCAAUGUAACCCUGAUCAAUCCAAACACUUGGAAACUGCAAGGAUGCGCCUUCUUGAUCUUUGGAUUGAUUUUGUAAAUUUAAGGGCUGAAGAUUACUGUGAAAACAGCCGCAUCCCUACCAUGAGAUUUGGCACCCCAGAAGAGGAUGCGUAUAGGAGGGAUUUGACUAUAAACAGCUUGUUCUACAAUAUCAAUUCUGAUUCUGUAGAAGAUUUUACUGGAAGAGGCAUUACAGAUCUGAAGUCAGGAAAAAUAGUCACUCCUCUGCCCCCAAAGGAGACAUUUUUGGAUGACCCAUUGCGUGUUCUUCGAGCUAUCCGCUUUGGUGCAAGGUUUUGUUUUGUGCUAGAUGAGGGACUAAAGGAAGCUGCAGCUUCUGAUGAAGUUAGAGAUGCCAUCAAAGAGAAGAUAAGCAGGGAAAGGAUCGGUCAUGAAGUAGAUCUCAUGAUUGGGGGAAAUGAACCUGUUAAAGCCGUGACCUAUAUCCGUGAUUUGCAAUUAUUUUGGAUUGUUUUUAAUGUUCCUUCAAAUGUCGAGCCUUCACUACCAGAAGAAUGUGAUAGGUUCUGUCUUGCUUUUAUGGAUACAGCACUGAGACUUAUUCAGUCACUGGAAUCUCUUAACUUAAAUGAUGAACAGAGGCGGUUGUGCUUAUAUUCUGCUUUAUUUCUUCCACUAAGGAGCAUGGUGUACAGAGAUAAUAAGAAGAAAAAGGUCCCUGUGGUUGAUUUCAUUUUUCGAAAUUCUCUCAAACUUAAAUCUAAGGAUGCUGAAACAGUUAUAAGUGUACACCGUGCAGCUGAGAAAUUUAUUCCUUUAAUUUCUUGUAUUACGUCUGAAAAGGAUGUGCAACAUGCUGAAGCUCACUGUGGGAAAAUCCUUAUUGAUGUCCCUGAGACACUGAAAUUACGGAUAUUAGCAGGCUUGCUUCUCCGAGAAAUCAAAGACUUUUGGCCAGUUGCAUUGCUUGUAUCCACGUUAUUAUAUCCUAAUGGUGAUUUAUGUGAGUCAUUAGCUGAGGACUUGAAGUUGGAGAAGAAUAGAGCUUUGUUUAAGCAGGUGAAGGAUGUUAUUUUGAAACUAGAUCUGGAAAACAUUUGGGAGGCAAAGCCAUUAGUCAAUGGAAAGGACAUUAUGAGUAUCUUAAACCUCAAAGCUGGACCAAAUGUGAAAGAAUGGCAACAAAAGGUUAUUGAAUGGCAACUUGCCCAUCCUACUGGAACUGCAGAUGAAUGCCAAGAAUGGCUUAGGGAAGCAGGUGCAAAACGUGCAAGGAUGGACGAUAAUGUCUAAGCAAUCGUUUUUUCUGCAUUUUUGAGACAUAGGUGUCUUAUUUAAGAGUAAGUAUGCUUCGCAAUCUUGAAGUACUAACGCUCGGAAUGAUGUAGGAUAACAUUGCUAGACUUGGUGGAGCCUUGCUAUCAGUCUUUCAUCUUUCAUUGUCAACGAUCAUGCAGAGUUGGUCCGCUGAAGUUACAGAGUUUGAGGAGUUUUUCUUUCCCUUUUUUUUUUGACGGGGUGGCUUCGAUGAAAAGAUUUUGUGAUUAACACAAAAAUGAUGCCAAAUUUGUAUGGAUGUUUGUCAUGUAUGUACAGUGCUUUGAAGCUUAAAAUGAUUUAUAGCUAACUGUUUUUUUUGCUA